GAACGAAUCCAUCGCACCGCUGGUGCGUUUUUGUUUCCGAUGCCUACAGACGGAGAUCCGUCGCCAAAGAAGAUCCCAGCGGCCCACCCAUCGAAGACCGCGCUGCUCCUCCUCGUMCUCCUCCUGGCCACCACGGGGAAUCUCUCGGUGAGACACGGCCCCCCGCUCGUUUCCGCCUACCGGCCCGGCGGGAGCAACCUUCCGGGCGACGGUAGCAACGCCAACGCCAACGGCAACGCCAGGAUCAACGCCAGGACCAGUGCCAACCCCCGCGCCAUGAGGGGGGCCUGGAGGAGCCGGGGGUCCAGCCACCGCGACCUGGUCGACCAGCUCGUGAAGCGGGGGAUCAUCGAGACCGACUCGGUCCGGUGGGCCAUGGCCGCCGUCGACCGGGGGAACUACGCUCGCGGCAGCGGCAGCGGCAGCGAACCCAGUGGCGCCCCCGACCCCUACGCCGACCGGCCCCUCCCGAUCGGCCUCGGCCAGACGAUCAGCGCCCCCCACAUGCACGCGUACGCCCUGGAGGAGCUGGUCCCGGCCCUGGAAGCGGCAAGGCAGCAACAGCAGCAGCAACAGCAACAGGGCCGGAACCACCGGGGCCUCCGGGUCCUCGACGUGGGCACCGGAUCGGGCUACCUGACGGCGUGCCUCGGGAGGUGGCUGUCGCAACCGCCGCAGGAAUCGGCGGGUGGGAAGAGCAARAACAACAGCGAAAGCAACAGCGAAAGCAGCAACAGCAGCAGCGAAAACGAAAACGAAGCAAGCCUCCCCCCCGGCAGGGUCUUUGGGAUCGACGUCCGGAGGAGCCUGGUGGAAGCGGCCGAGCGGAACCUCCGAAGGGCCGACGGGGACCUCCUGGACACAGGGGCGGUCACCCUCGCGGUGGGGGACGGCUGGGAGGGCCUCCCGGAAGAAGCCCCCUUCGACGCCAUCCACGUGGGGGCCGCGGCCGAGUCGCUCCCCCUCGCGCUGGCGGCCCAGCUGGCGGUGGGGGGGGUCCUGGUGGUCCCCAUCGGCCCCGAGGGGGAGGCCCAGGUCCUCUGCAAGAUCCGCCGGGUCGGCGGGACGCCCUUUGGGCAAGCCGAGGUUGCGAACGGGAGGCUUCCGGAGGCCCUCUUUUGCGGGGACGACUUUGAGGCCACGAGGCUGCUGGGGGUGAGGUACGUCCCGCUGGUCAAGAAAAGGGCGGAUUCCCCCCCCUAGCCGGCCACGGAUCUUCUUGCACGCUCGAGCAAAGGCAACGCAACGCAACGACAGGGAUCUUGUGUUUCGUUCGUGCCGGAUCGACAAGRCCGAGCACGCAAUAACCAUCUAGGCAAGAA